GAAACGCCGCCGACCCUCGCGGACGUUGGCCGCCGCGCCAAGCGUCUCGUUGCAAGCCGCCGUGACAGCGUCCACGGACAGCGCCGCGCUCACGACUGUUGCCAAGACACUGCGCCAAGACUCGCGGUCGUCCUUCCAGAAGGCGCCGACGCAGUCGCUUGUCCAGAUCGCGACAGAAGUCGAACAAGAGCGCGAUGCAGCGGUCGUUCACGCGCUCGCCGACGCAUCGAAGGCGGUCAAGCACGACCAAGCGCGCCAGCAAAGCACCGUCGGGGCGAUUCUUGUCGAGGCGGCGCGGGCCGUCGCCGCCGAAGACGCGGCCGUCACAAAGGCGCAGGUGGCCGCGACGCUCAAGGAAGCAGCCGUCGUUGUUCAAAAAACUGCACACGCCCCGACGACCGCCGUUGCCACCCCCACGACGACCACCAAGAGCAGCAACAACAACAACGACAAGGACGACGACGACGACGACGAUGGGUACUCGGAUUUCGACGACGACAAUGCAGCUGCCAAGAAGAAACCAACCAAAAAAGCAGUCCAGGCGGCUAACGACGACGACAACCAGAGCGAUGCGGCCGACGAGGUCGAGAAGACGAGUCCGACCGUCUCGAACGAAAGCAAAGUGUUUCUACAGGCCGUCUUCCGCGGCAACCUCCGGCGCGUUCAAGAUCUCUUGGGCGACGACACGGACGUCAACAUCACCGACCAGCAUGGCUGGAACGGUCUGCACUGGGCCGCAUCGCAAGGCCGUUGCGAGAUCCUCGAGCUUCUGAUUGAGCGCGGCGCCAACGUCCAGGCGGUCGAGCCCGAGCAUCAUUGGUCGCCGCUGCACCUCGCUGCGAUCCGGGGACAUGCCAGCUGCAUCAAGCACCUCUUGCGCGCGGGCGCGAUCCCCUCGCGGGUUGAUGUGUACGGCGACACGCCUAUCGCGUGCAUCGCGUCGUUUUCAGGGUAA